CACAAAUAACUGCCCCAGUCUAUCGCUCUGUCAUGGAGGAAUAUGGUUAUGAGGUGGGCAAGGUCAUUGGCAACGGCUCCUAUGGGACUGUGUAUGAGGCUUACUAUACAAAGCAGAAGGUCAUGGUUGCUAUCAAGAUCAUCUCAAAGAAGAAGGCCUCUCAUGAAUAUCUUAACAAGUUCCUGCCUCGUGAAAUACAGGUGAUGAAAAUCCUGCGGCACAAGUACCUCAUCAACUUCUAUCAGGCCAUUGAGACUACAUCCCGAGUGUACAUCAUUUUGGAGCUGGCACAGGGUGGUGAUGUCCUUGAAUGGAUCCAGCGCUAUGGGGCUUGCAAUGAGCCCCUUGCUGGCAAGUGGUUCAACCAGCUGACCUUGGGCAUCGCCUACUUACACAGCAAGGGUAUUGUGCACAGCCUGACCCCCAGCCUUUCUGCUGCUGGUAGGGAUUUAAAGUUGGAAAACCUGUUGCUGGACAAGCGGGAGAAUGUGAAGAUAUCAGACUUUGGUUUCGCCAAGAUGGUGCCUUCAAAUCAGCCUGUGCAUAAUAGCCCUUCUUACCGUCAAGUGAACUGUUCCCACCUCAGUCAGACCUAUUGUGGCAGCUUUGCUUAUGCCUGCCCGGAGGUCUUGCUAGGCUUGCCCUACAACCCUUUCCUGUCUGACACCUGGAGCAUGGGCGUCAUCCUCUACACUCUAGUGGUUGCCCGUCUGCCUUUUGAUGACUCCAAUCUCAAGAAGCUGCUGAAAGAGACUCAGAAGGAGGUCACAUUCCCACCUAACUGUGCCGUCUCCCAGGAGUGCAAGAACCUGAUCCUCCAGAUGCUGCGUCCAGCUGUCAAGCGUGCUACCGUCCUGGACAUCCUCAAGGAUCCCUGGGUGCUCAGGUUCCAGUCUGAGCAACCCACCCAUGAGAUUAGGCUCCUCCAGGCCAUGUGCCAGCCCACCAAUACCACUAAUCGUCACCUAUCCUUGGAGAUCACAACCUGAAAAUGGCUGAGGCAGGGGAUCAAGAGAGAAGGAAAUCAGGAGGAUCUUGGGUGAAAAUCUUUUAUUCAGAAAUAAAUCUAAUUUGAUUUACUUUCACCAGCAAGAGUGAAUAAAAUUCUUACCUCAAGGCAGUCUUAGCAGGUAAUACUGCUGAAGGUCAGAUGCUGCGGGUCAGAUAGAUUUCGUCCAAAGCCUUUAAUCUGUUUUGACACUUAAGUCAAUAGUGAAAUUCAAAGUAUAGAGCUGGAUGCUGGUGGCUCAUACCUGUAAUCCUAGCUACUCAGGAGACUGAGAUCUGAAGACCACAAUUUGA